AUGUCCGGAAUCGAGCGCAAGCUGCGCUACUUAAAUACGAGGUGCCGCAGCAUAUUGACGUCACUGGCCUCCAUCGAGAAGUUCGUUGCGUCGUACCAAGAGGAGAGAGAUGAACCCGAAAUCGCCAUACGCCUGGAAGCAAUUGUGUCUCUGUGGACGGAGUUCAACAAGGUUCAGGCCGAUUUGGAGACCACCGACGAAACCCCUGAUGCCCUUGAGCAGUACCUCAAGGAAAGGAUUGAGUUCGAAAACUCCUACUACAAGGUAAAAGGUUUUCUUUCCCAACGCUGCCCUACCCCUGCAAGUACGCCCACUCAUAACCCCCCUGCCCAAAGCCAUUCGAACCAUGUAAAGUUGCCCGAUGUGAAGCUACCAGUAUUCACUGGCAACUAUGAAACAUGGCUUAACUUUCACGACCUGUUCGUGUCGCUCGUACACUCAUCAUUAGAGUUGUCGAGUAUACAGAAAUUUUAUUAUCUUCGGUCAUCGCUUGCCGGAGAAGCCUUGAAGCUAAUCCAAACAAUACCGAUAAGCGCGACGAACUAUUCUGUCGCAUGGAAUCUUCUCAUCGAGCAUUUCCAGAACCCGAAGGUUCUAAAGCGCAAUUAUGUUCAGGCAUUGUUCGAUUUUCCGGUGAUUCGCAGAGAAUCGCCAGCUGAACUUCACUCGUUAGUGGAGAAAUUUGAAGCUAAUGUUAAGGUGCUCAAACAGCUAGGAGAGAGCACUGAAUAUUGGGACAUCCUUUUGAUCCACUUUCUCUCAAGCCGUCUAGAUCCGGUCACUCGGCGUGAUUGGGAAGAACUUUCCGCCACUCAACAAAACGUUACCUUCAAGGACUUGACGGAUUUCAUUCAACGUCGGGUCAGUGUUCUGCAGCAGAUGUCCUCCAAACAACCCGAACCGCAACAAGCCUUUCAGCCUCGCAAGCCGCCAAAUUCUCGCAUUGGAAGCCACGGAGCCUUCCAGGAGAAUCGUCCAAGGUGUCUCUUCUGCCCGGAAGAACAUCCAAUCUACAUGUGCCAGAUCUUCAGUCGCAUGCCAGUAGAGGAGAAAGAAAAACUCGUCAAGCGACGUCAACUGUGUCGCAACUGCUUUCGAAAGGGUCACAUGUCUCGUGAUUGCCCAUCGGAAAAUUGUUGCAGGAGGUGCAACUCUCGUCACCACACACAACUGUGCACUACAACUACAUCCAAUCAAGGGAGAUCAACAAACGCUGCAAUCACAACAAGCGACGCCCGAAGUUCCAACCCAACCGCCUCUGGUGCCACCCCCACUGAUCCACCGACGUCUUCUUCAGCAUCGAGAGCGGCUUCAAUCACGAUGAAUGCUGCCCACUCAGGAGUGACCAGUUGUAACUCUCAACAAACAACGCGAUCCAAGGUACUUCUUGCCACCGCCGUGGUAAUAAUCGUUGACGAUACUGGAAAGGAACAUUUCACCCGCGCUCUCCUGGACUCGGGGAGCGAAUGCUGCUUCGCAACCUCUCAACUAUAG